CUGGGCCGCAGCCAGGGCGCAGUGGCUACGGCAGCGCCCUUAAAUAGCAUCCGGAGCCGGGACUGGACAGGCAGUGGGCUGCGGUGACAGCCGGCGGCGCAGCGGCCCGGCCAGCCGAGAAUUCAGCCUAGGGAGCCACCAACACAGGACGAUGCAAGCCCACGAGCUGUUCCGGUAUUUUCGAAUGCCAGAGCUGGCUGACUUCCGACAGUACGUUCGCACGCUGCCGACCAACACGCUCAUGGGCUUUGGAGCUUUUGCAGCCCUCACCACCUUUUGGUACGCCACGAGGCCCAAAGCCCUGAAGCCACCAUGCGACCUCUCCAUGCAGUCUGUGGAGGUGGCGGGUAGCGAUGGUGCUCGGAGAUCCCCGCUACUGGAUAGCGAUGAGCCCUUGGUGUAUUUCUAUGAUGAUGUCAGAACCUUGUAUGAAGGCUUCCAGAGGGGCAUCCAAGUGUCAAAUAACGGCCCCUGUUUAGGCUCUCGGAAGCCAGACCAACCCUACGAAUGGCUUUCGUACAAACAGGUUGCAGAGAUAUCCGAGUGUGUGGGCUCAGCGCUCAUCCAGAAGGGCUUCAAGGCUGCCCCGGAUCAGUUCAUUGGCAUCUUCGCUCAGAACAGACCUGAGUGGGUGAUCAUUGAACAGGGAUGCUUUGCUUACUCUAUGGUGAUCGUUCCCCUCUAUGAUACCCUUGGAACAGAAGCAAUCACCUACAUAGUCAACAAAGCUGAACUCUCUCUGGUUUUUGUUGACAAGCCAGAGAAGGCCAACCUUUUAUUAGAUGGUGUAGAAAAUAAGUUAACACCAGGCCUUAAAACUAUUGUCCUCAUGGACUCCUAUGGCAUCGAUCUGUUGGAACGAGGCAAAAGGUGUGGCGUGGAAAUCAUCAGUAUGAAGGCAAUGGAGGACCUGGGAAGAGCCAACAGACAGAGGCCUAAGCCUCCAGCACCUGAAGAUCUUGCGGUCAUUUGUUUCACCAGUGGCACUACAGGCAACCCCAAAGGAGCACUGAUCACUCAUCGAAAUGUAGUGAGCGAUUGUUCAGCUUUUGUGAAAGUCACAGAGAAUACAGCCAACCCUUCCCCAGAUGAUACUUUGAUAUCUUUCUUGCCUCUUGCCCAUAUGUUUGAAAGAGUUGUAGAGUGUGUAAUGCUGUGUCAUGGAGCUAAAAUAGGAUUUUUCCAAGGAGAUAUCAGGCUGCUUAUGGAUGACCUCAAGACACUUCAACCCACAGUCUUUCCUGUGGUCCCCAGACUGCUGAACCGGAUGUUUGACCGAAUUUUUGGGCAGGCAAACACCACGCUGAAGCGAUGGCUGUUGGACUUCGCCUCCAAGAGGAAAGAAGCAGAGCUUCGCAGUGGCAUCGUUAGAAACAAUAGCCUGUGGGACAGACUCAUCUUCCACAAGAUACAGUCGAGCCUGGGAGGAAAAGUCAGGCUGAUGAUCACAGGAGCUGCGCCCGUGUCCGCCACCGUGCUGACGUUUCUGAGAGCAGCGCUCGGCUGUCAGUUUUAUGAAGGCUACGGACAGACCGAGUGCACUGCCGGUUGCUGCCUGACUGUACCUGGGGACUGGACAGCAGGCCAUGUUGGUGCCCCAAUGCCUUGCAACCUUAUAAAACUUGUGGACGUGGAAGAAAUGAACUACUUGGCUUCCAAGGGCGAGGGUGAGAUUGAGAAUAUCUACCUGCGAAGUGAGCCUGUCGCUCAGGUGUUCGUCCACGGAGAAAGCUUGCAGGCAUUUCUCAUAGCAAUUGUGGUACCAGAUGUUGAGACAUUAUGUUUCUGGGCCCGAAAGAAAGGAUUUGAAGGCUCCUUUGAGGAACUGUGCAGGAACAAGGACGUCAAAAAAGCCAUCCUGGAAGACAUGGUGAGGCUUGGGAAGGAAUCUGGCCUGAAACCAUUUGAACAGGUCAAAGGCAUUAGUCUCCACCCUGAAUUAUUUUCUAUCGACAAUGGCCUCCUGACCCCAACGAUGAAGGCAAAACGGCCCGAGCUUCGGAAUUAUUUCAGGGCACAGAUAGACGAACUUUAUUCCACCAUCAAAAUUUAAUGCCAGGAAAAAACCGCACCCCUCCUGCUGAUGGCCUUCACGUUGGUAAUUUUGACUAGAGCGCGCAUAGGAAAGGGAGCGUCCACGUUUGACUUGUGCAUUCGGGGUUCUCGUCAUAAGAAUUUUAGAGGACACGGAACACUGCCUUACGGUCACCUCCUGUUGCAGACCAUGUAUAUGGUGAUACACAAUUUCCAAAAUGAGCCUUAAAAUCAUAAAGGGGAAACGAUCCACGUGCUAAGUUAUUUGAGACUUCCUCCGUUUAAAAAAAAAAAAAAAAAAAAAGGGCGGGUGAAAACUUCUGUCUCCCGGUUUUCUAACCAAGGGAUUAGGACUUUGCUAUUUCCGAGAUGUCUGCUACUUACUGCAGAUUCUGCCGCUCUGCAAGGUACAGUGCACUGGAAGGAAGCUGUCCCUUCAAAGCAAGAACUGUCCCAGGUGGAGAACGU